UGGUGGUGGUGGUACGGUGGUGGUGAUGGCGUGCGUCAGGGUGGUGGUGGUGGUGGUGUUGAUAGUGGUGGUGACGCUGUCGGGCAGGUGGGGGUGUCAAGGGGAGGUGCUGGCCGUCCCACGCAUGAUGGAUCCCCUGCAGAAGUCCCUACAACAGUUCGGCAACAUAAGUAAGAUAGAGGCAAUGUUACCUCGUCUCGGCGGCGUCGUCAGGACGGCAGCAAUGCGAGGAGGCGGGGAGCGGUUGGAGGUGAACAGCACACACCGCCUCAACUCUCUCUCUGCUGUGCUGGAUUGCAAUAAAACCUUCGCUUUGGACGACGGGCAAGCGGCGCUCCUCUACUCCCGAUCCGACUUGUACAGGUACACGUGCAGACAGGUGUUCACGGCCAUCAACCUCGACAGCAAGUUGGAGUUUGCCUGUUAUAGUUUGAGUCUCAAGUUUAAUUGUUUCCUGGAGGCGCUCAAAGUGACGGUGGACGGCGAAGAGGAGGUCUACUGCAGGAACGACGCUGUGCCGAUAAGGAAGGGCAAGGAGGUGGAGGUGGAGUACGUGCGCAAGAUCGGAGGCAUUAACGGCAUAUUCGUAUGCACGGUGACGGCGGAGAUGACGCUGCCAUCCAGGCUAACCGAGGACCCUUGCGGCGUCACCUCCAGCAUGGAAGAAGGUGUACGGGCUGGAGCGCCGCCCCCGGUACUGCGUGUGGUGGGAGGCGAGGACGCAAGCCAGGGAGAGUACCCGUGGAUGGCGUUCCUCAUCAUGCAGGCUGGGGACAUCAGUUUCAGCUGUGGCGGCACACUCAUCACCAGCUCCCACGUCCUCUCCGCCGCCCACUGCUUCUAUGGAGACAAUGUGGAGAAAAUCAAGGUUGGUCUGGGGAACGUUCACCGAACCAUGGUGGGCGGCUCGGCUCCCUGGAUGUGGUUCCUGACUUCCACCUACAAGAUGCACCCUGAGUACAGCCCGGACACCAUCCACAACGACCUGGCAGUGGUCACCCUCAACAGCCCCGUCACCUUCACGCACUACAUUCGCCCCGCCUGCCUCCCCACCGCCGACCGCAACCUGGAGGGGGCCACGCUCACUGCUACGGGAUGGGGGCUGAUGGACUACAAUGACCCCGAUGCGGACUUGCCUAUCGUGCUGCAGGAGGUAGACCUGACGGCAUGGAACAACGUGGAGUGCCAGGACGUGUGGAGGAACUUGAUGAGUAGUCACGUGCUGCUCAACUCCCAGCUGUGCGCCUCAAGACCCGGCAAGGACACCUGUAGCGGCGACUCUGGAGGGCCACUGCUGCUCAAGGCGGACGGGCGGUGGACAGUGGUCGGCGUCACCUCCUACGGGUACAAGUGCGCUGAGAUAGGCAAGCCUGGAGUGUACACAAGGGUCUCCAAGUUCCUGACCUGGAUCAACUGCAUCAUUCAGGGAGACGACUGCGAGGAGGGGUAAGGAGGCCGGGCAG